AUGGCGGGCACACUGCCUCCACUCUUUGAAAUCUCGGAUGAGGAUCACGGUGGAUAUGCUGCGGUCACAGUCUACACGCUAUUGGCAUUAACGAUCGUGGUCGUUCUCACUCGUCUGUUCAGUCGAUGGUACAUUGGUCGAGUCAUUCAUUCCGAUGAUAUUUUGCUGGCAGCGGCAACAUUAUCAGGUAUAUUGCAGAGUGUCAUUGUACAACUUGCAAUUUCCAAUGGACUUGGUCGGAAACGCCCCACUAUAGACAAUCACCAUUUCCGGCUGUUUCUAAAGUAUGAAUAUGUCGCACAAAUCCUCCUUAUCGUGACGAUAGCGCUGAGCAAGCUUUCGUCGGGACUCCUCUUCAAGAGCACGCUCACAUCGCGGGAAUAUACAUGGGCAAAUAUGACGUUGAUCGGGGUCAUAUCUGCAUGGGCUAUUGGGUCCAUCUUGGCGUUAGCUCUACGAUGCUCUCUACCCACACCCUGGGAGUGGAAUCUACCAGAGAAGUGCAUUGAUCAGGCCGCGCUUUUCCAAGCUAUCGCAGCAUUGAACAUCAUCACGGAUGUAGCCCUCGUGGUUCUUCCAUGUGUGUUGCUCCGCAACGUACAGCUUUCCCGGUGGAAACGGUUUAGAAUAAUGGCUCUGAUCGCCAGUAAAAUAAUCGUAUGUGCUGCGACGGGAGUGGAGAUCCACUACACUCUCAACUUAUUCAAAUCACCCGACCUUCUAUGGGCAAGCACCAACUCGACUGUUUGGGACCAAGUCAUGAUGAACCUGAGUUUAGUCACAACGGCCCUCCCAUCCCUCGGAAGACUGGUAGUCGAGCUUCAACCCGAUGUCUAUGCAUUCACCAUCCACGACGAUACUGCCGACGCACACAAAAGCAAUAAAUACAACAUCUCAUCCAUGAGAAAGUCAUAUCCUACACGGACAGAUCCACCCCUCAGUCCCGGAACUUCGGUGCAGGUCACCAGUGGAUGGCGGGAAUCCUUUCGAGAUGAUGCUGAAAGCAUGGAGGGCCUUGUCAACCCACCUAAUGUCAUCCAGCAGACGAUCCAUUUCGAGGUCCACUGA